AUUAAUAUUAAUUCUAAGACAUUAAAAUAAAGUAAAAUGUAAAUAAAUUUUUUUUUAAAGUAAUUGGUGUUUCCUUCUUGCAAUAUAUUUUAUACGUACAUAUUUAUAUGUACGUAAAAAAAUUAUAUUGAAGUUGUUUUUGGUCAAUUUUUUUUGCGAACACUAGGUAACCAAAAUUGAAAUAAUUAAUUUUUAAUGAGAAACUACUAAGGCUUUAAUAAUAUAAUCUAUGUUUUCAUUUCGAUUGAAAACAAGGUUCUUAAAUCUGAAAGGAACACACAUAUUUACAAAUUAAUAAUAAUACAUAAUGAAGAAACUAUUUUCGAAAUUAGAGAAAAAUGAAAAAUUAGAUAAUAGUGGAAUAAGCGGAUCUACCAAAGAAACAAAUAGUUAUGUUGGAAAAGUAUUCAUUGUUGGACGUGUAUCCGUCACAGUUGAAGAUAUUUUGGCUGAAGGUGGAUUUGCUAUGGUCUUUUUGGCGAAGGCAAAUUCUGGAAAUGUACGCUACGCUUUAAAACGCAUGUACGUUAAUAAUGAACAUGAUUUGAAUGUUGCCAAAAGAGAAAUUCAAAUAGCUAGUAAUUUAAGUGGUCACAAGAAUAUAAUUGGCUAUGUUGAUUCAAGUAUAACACAUACUGGUAAUGGCGUCUAUGAAGUUCUACUAUUAAUGCCAUAUUGUAAAAAUCACAUGCUGGCCAUGAUGAAUGCAAGACUUUCAACGGGAUUUACCGAACAAGAGGUUUUAUCAAUAUUCUGUGAUAUCGCUGAGGCUGUUUCACGUCUGCAUUAUUGUCAAACGCCCAUUAUUCAUCGUGAUUUAAAAAUAGAAAAUAUUUUACAAAAUGAUGCUGGUAAUUUUGUGCUGUGUGAUUUUGGUUCAGCUACUGGUAAAAUAUUGAAUCCCAAUACACAUGGCGCAACGGCUGUUGAAGAAGAAAUAAAAAAAUAUACAACAUUGUCAUAUAGAGCUCCAGAAAUGAUAGAUUUAUAUAGUGGUAAAAAUAUAACAAUUAAAGGCGAUAUAUGGGCAUUAGGUUGUAUGCUAUAUAAAUUAUGCUUUUUUACUUUACCAUUUGGUGAAAGCACAUUGGCAAUACAGAAUGGUACAUUUUCAAUACCAGACAAUUCAAAAUAUUCAAAAGGAAUGCAUCAACUUAUUAAGUAUAUGCUAGAACCUGAUAUGGAUAAACGACCAAAUAUAUUUCAAGUUUGUGAAAUAGCAUUCAAAUUAAAUGGAAAAGAUAACCCUGUUCAAAAUUUGCACAAAUCACCAUCACCAAUAUUAGAACAACUACCUGUACCGCCAUUUGAAUCCGAACUGAAACGAUUAACAGCUUCCUCUACGAAGCCAAAACCCCAAAAUACUCCUAUAUUAGAAUCCGGUACGAGCGUAGCGCCACGGCAAAGACCUAAAGGUUCAUCAGCAAUUGUGGGUCAGCAUCCACUUUCUUUAGGUCUUCCGCCAUCGCCUUCACCACGGAACACUAUAGCUUCUCCCCAGCCUCAACCAGUUGUUGAACAAUUUCAAGCUACAUUUCCCAAUAUAACUGCACCACAUGCUAUACAACAACCGCCAUCGGGUGCACUCCCCACUACGCCUCAAUCGCAGCCUGCAAUAAAUCAACAGCAGACAAAUGUUUUAUCUGGAAGCGGAAAUAUUACUUCUGCUCCCCAACAACAACAAACCCCUUCAUCAAGAUCGAAUUUGGAUAAUUUAUUUCAAUCAACUUAUCCCGAUCCAUUUAGGGAAGCUGCUAACAAACCAAGCGAGUCAUCCGAACUAUUACAUCAAGAUCAUCAACCGCAAUCACUUCCAUUACAGCAUGACGUAAUAAUGCCUUUAGGAGCAGGUUUAGCCGGCACCCCCACCAAAACCCUGUUAGGUGCACCAAAAGGUGGGCAUAGAAGAAACGUUAGUGAUACAUCUGCAUUUAAUAAGACAUUUGCAAAUGAAACAUCGCAAUUUUUGGCUCCAUAUGAUCAAUCUGUGAAGUCUCGCAUGGGGAAUACAGAAUCGCCAACCAGUCCACCAGGUGGGAAUAGUAACAGUGCUUCAAAUAAUUCAAUUUUCACUCAAGAACAACAGCAUCAAAAUUCAUUACUGCAAGCACAGUCAAUGCCAUCAUCUGUAUCAAACACAGAACUGUCCAGUUUUCAACCUAACAUUAAUGAAAACCCUUAUACCGCUAGUCUAAGCCAAGCUGCAUCUGGAGCUUUGAUGUCAGGUAUAAGUUCAGUGCAGAACAAUGUUAAUUCUGUCAACAAUAAUAAUCGCUGUGGAGUUACCGAUUCUGCUGGAUCAGGAUCAUUAGAAGGGCGUGUCGAUGCUUGGAAUCCAUUUGAAGAACAACCGUUUGAUCAAAUGACAGAGGAUCAUAUUUUUGAUGCCGAAUUCGAUAAAAUACGUCAAAGGGGAAGUCAAGGAAGUAUUACCGCAAAAUCAACUUCAACAACAUCAACCUUAACUCCAACUGAGAAUAAUAUAAGUGCAGGAACAAAUAUUUUAUCACAAAAUCAACAGCAAUCACUUCACCAAGUGACAAAUCAACAACAUUCAACUUCUUCUGGAGCAGCGGCUGCAUCUUCCGGAACCAAUUCUCACUCGUCCAAUCAACAACAACAACCUCAGAUACCGGAGGAUCCAUUUGGCUCAGCCCCUUUUAGCUUACCGCCAGGCCUAAGGGAAAAAGCUGCUGCACUUAGAAAAACUGGAGCUCAUACCAUCUAUCAUCACCCACCACACGCCCACCAUCACAACUCACGAUCAUCAGUCUCAGGCCCUUCUUCAACAGUUGUUAACGUGCUGACUGUCAAUAAUUCUUUAAUAUCAUCAUUUAAUGGAACACAAUUGAUAUCCUCUACAUCAGCCGCGUUACCUUUAACAACAACAACUGCCAUUGCAACUUCUUCAAUAAAUGCAAAUAAAUGGAUUUUAUCACCUACUUUGGAAACAAUUAUUACUAGCGAAAAUACUGAAGAUAAGACAUCAUUGAUCAUUAACCUAAAGUCCGACCAAGAUACAGAAAGUAACAGUACAAUGGUUGGUACAACAGCUGGUGGCAAUUUUGUUAAGAUCCCAAUUGAAGAUCGAAAUAAAUAUGAAAAAUUACGUAGUAAUGAUAAUCCAACUUCAGAUGAUUCAGACUCUGAAUUUUUUAAUGAAGAUUAUAACAGUAAAACAGCGUAUUUAAAACAUAUAGUAACAAGUAACAUUCCAGAAAAAAUCCAUAAAAUUCAACAAGCUGCUUAUCACAAAGUUGAUAAAACUCAUAUUAAAGUACCUAUUGUUAAAAAACUUAAGUCGACCCGCAAGGAAAUAAAACUAAGUAACGAAAGAAGAAAAUCAUCAAAGAUAUCAACAUCUGAAGUGGCAAAAAAUGAUGAGAAUGAUAUGCAAGUAAAUGCAUCCACUAAGAAAAAAUCAGGUGGAGAAAAACAGACAAGUGGUGAUGGAGACGGUGAUGAUGACUCUAUUGGUUCUGCAAGUGAUUUACGUGCUGAAGAUGAUGAUUUUUUUGAUGAAAAUAAUAUGAAUUCAGCAAAUCGUUUUCCAAAGCAAACUGUAGCGGAUGAUUGUAUAAGUGAAAGUGUCAAAACUUGUAAUUCAUCGGCAUACCAUGCGGAAUGUGAAAGUGUAACAACGCAUGAGGAUGAUGUCAGUCGAGUAGUUGUUAAAGUUCGUAUGAAAAAACGUGAUCGAAUGAAUGAACUUACUAAAAAUGAACUUUUAGAGGAAAAUCAACUGAGCCCGUCUUCAAAUGACUUUUUGCACAAAUUCGGCGAUAAACCAUUGCUGUUGGAUGACGAGUUGGACUACAGCUCUGCAGAUAGUGAUUUUAAAGAGAAUAAGUCUGAGGAUAGUCCGGCUUCAGAGUCAAUAUUACAAGAGCUUCAAGAUAAAAAUAAUGCAAAAUCGGAAGAAAUAGAUGUUUUUGCAAUGGCGCCAUUUAAAAUGCCUAUUGGUCAGCCAAAAAAACGAUCAAAAAAAGUUUUGAAUAUUAACGAAAAGCAAGAAGAUCCUAUAUGGACAUCAACACCAAAAAAAUGCGACGAAGAAAUUAAAGAAGCGCAUAAUACGUUUUCAACAUAUUUGCUAUCAAAACCACAUCAACAAGCUCAAAAGCCGGAAGAAAAUGUUAAUACGUCGGGAAGUACUAUUUUAGAUGAAUUUAAUGAACCUAUCUUUAAUCCAUUCGAGUCUCAUAUUGAAAUCUCUGGAAAAACAAAUUCGAGAUAUGUAUCUCAACCUUUUAUUGAAGGAAUAACGCCCAUCAAAAAAGAGAAUCUUCAAAAACCGCAACAACAAACCCCGGUACAAAAUGUUCCAAAACAAAUUCAAAGUCAUUCAGAUUUUGGAGUUGUAACAGUAACUUCAAAUUUCAAUCAGUCUCUAAAUCAAAAUUUGACGUCUUUGUCAAAAUCUGCUAAUAUAACUGAACGUAAAAAUUCUGUGAAUAAAUUUCCCAAAUUCCCCAUAAUAGACAAUUUAACACCAUCUUCUUCAUUAGUGUCCACAAUACCAAAUACAAACAUUGAACAAUCGGCUAGUGCCGAAUGUGAUUUAUUCGGAUCAGAACCAUUCCCGCAAGUACUGGCAGCAGCAGCAGCAAAAGCUGCAAAUUCAUUACCAACACCGGUACAAUAUUCAAACAAUUCGCGGCAAACAGAAAAUCUUAGUAACAACAGUCUUCACAAAAAAAAUUUGCGGCAUGGAAGUACAUCUAUAGAAUCACAAUUGGUGGAACCUAUUCAAUUAGUUACAGUUAAUCACUCGAUAAUAAUUAACAAAACUCCAGAUCCUCCACCACCAUUACAAGCUACUUUAUCAACAAUUCAAAUGCCGCCACCACCAAUUCUGCCAUUAAAGCAACAACAGUUCGUGUCGUCACAUUCCUCAAUGCCUGUCUCCAACAAUUUACCUUCUUCUUUUUCAACCACUAAUAAAAAAUUUAAUGCACCAAAACAACCUGCGUUAACAAACACUACAUUAGCACAAUCUUCAGCGAGCACUUCUUAUAUCAAUUACUCUAAUAUUGCAUUGAAAAAUCAAUUAGAAUUUUUACCUAUACCAGAUAAUGAAUAUUUAACAAUAUCUCAUGACACAAUUUCAGAUUUUAAUACAAACGACGACGAAGAACCAGUUGUUAUAAAAUCUCCAACCCCAUCGACACAAUCUUCAUCAUCAACAAUAAUACACUCGUCAUUAAAUAAACAUCAUCAUAAGAAGGAUAAAGAAAAAUCAAGUGUUAGAACACUUCCAGCUAAAUUAACACAAAAAGUGAAAUCGAAUCAUUACAAAAAAGUUGGUUCUGAGAAAUCCAGUAGUUUAAGUAAUAGCGGAAUAAAAUCGAAAAAUAAGCAUUCUUAUUUGGUUGAAGACGAUACAACGAUUAGCGAUGGUUAUGAUAAGAAAAACGGUGGAAAUGUUGGCAUAGGAGGAUACUUUCAAUCAAAUACUAUACAAAAUUCAAAAUCUGGAUUUAGUAAUAUGAGUUUUGAAGAUUUUCCAUCAGAUCAAGAGGAAAUCGAUCGAAUGUCAAAAACUAUACCAUUUGAAGUUAUAAGAAAUGAGAAAAUGUUAGUAGAAGCAGAACGUAAAUUUGGUUCUUUAAAAAGGAGAACAAAUCUAUUUUCUUAGAAAAUAAAUAGAUUGAGUAAAGUUAUUCAUGUAAGAGUAUAUAAAAAUUUUAAGAGAGAAGAAAAGUAUUAAAUAUUUUAUUCUAUUUUCCACAUAAUUUUUUAAAUUUAAAUUUUAAUGAUAAAUUAUUGAUAAUUGUUUUUAAAAACAAUUUUGCUAAGAUAUGUACAAAUACAAAUUUAAUAAAUUAAACUGCAUUUUAUAUAAAACUGGUAUCGCUCAUAUUAAAUUUUUAACUUUUUAUAUGUAUAUUUAAAUUACAUAAAGUAUAAAAUAGUAAAAAAUUAUUUAUUUCUUUCCAAUUUUUAUAAAAAAAAAAAAAAACUGGCAAAUAAGAUUGUUGGUUGUGUUAUCGCAUUUGUACUUUUCUUUUAAAAGUUUUGUGUUAAGAUUUAAAAGAAAUUAGCUACACAUAAAGUUAUUUAGAAAACACUAUAAUUCUUGACAAAAUAAUUUAUCAUUGAAAUAUGACUUCAGAGACUAUACGGUAUAACACGCAUAGUCUAUAACUUAUAUGCUCAACAAAUUUUUUUUUUAUAAGAAAAUUUUUUUAUUAAUAUUGCUUUCUGAAAAGUAUUUUUUGUAUUAAAAGACGUCUUAUACAUUUAUAAUUCAAUAUGUAUAAAGCAGAAUUUUGUUCUAAGAUUAU